GACGCCGCGCCAUCCAAUCAGAACCUCCGACGAAAAAGACCCGCGUGUUUUGAACUUAGGCUGGCGGAAGUGUUUGGAAAGGAAGACAGGGACCAUCGAAAGUCUUGGAUACUAUUGGAUCCUGAUCACAUCAUCGCUAUAUUAGUAAUGUUACGCGUGUAACGUUGGGCCCGUCAGGAAGACCCCCUUCUUCUGCCGGAAAGCACAUUUUCUCGGCAAUAACCAUGACUAUGACGGCUUCAUCUACAACAGAGGAAGGCAAUGUAUCGGUGGUGGUCCGAGUGCGUCCACCGAAUCAGCGUGAACUAGAAGGAAACCAUCACCCGGUGGUGCAGGUUGUGGAUCACAAUAUGUUGGUGUUUGACCCAGAUGAGCCAGAGACAACGGGGGUCUUCUCCAGCCUAAGGGGGACCGAUGGACCAAAACGCAAGGGAAAGGACAUGAAGUUUAUUUUUGACCGUGUUUUUGGGGAAAACUCCAGACAGCAGCAUGUGUUUGAACAUACAACAAAGGAGAUCCUGGAUGGUGUUCUAAAUGGAUACAACUGCUCUGUGUUUGCCUAUGGAGCUACCGGUGCUGGGAAGACCCACACAAUGCUUGGCAGUGAAGCUGACCCAGGCGUUAUGUACCUUACUAUGGUCGAGCUAUACAGAAGGAUUGAGGCAAUCGAAGAGCAGAAGACAUGUGAGGUUCUUAUCUCCUACCUUGAGGUAUAUAAUGAACAGAUACAGGACCUGCUGGAGCCAAGAGGAUCUUUAGCAAUCCGGGAGGAUCCACAGAAGGGUGUUGUUGUACAUGGGCUGUCUUUCCAUCAGCCCAAAUCUGCAGAUCAGUUGCUGCAAAUGCUGGCCAGUGGAAACCUUAAUCGCACUCAGCAUCCCACAGACGCUAAUGCAUCAUCUUCACGCUCACAUGCUGUGUUCCAGAUCUAUGUGAAGCAGCAAGAUCGCACUGCCAGUAUAUCUCAGGAUGUUCGGGUGGCCAAAAUGAGCCUCAUUGAUCUGGCUGGCUCAGAACGAGCCUCCACCACAAACGCUAAAGGUGAACGUCUUCGAGAAGGUGCCAACAUCAACCGUUCCUUGCUGGCCCUCAUCAAUGUCAUCAACGCAUUAGCUGAUGCAAAGCAGAGCAAGAAGGCUCAUAUCCCUUAUCGAGACAGCAAGCUGACCAGGCUCCUGAAAGACUCCAUUGGUGGAAACUGUCGGACUGUUAUGAUUGCUGCCAUCAGUCCAUCUUCUCUUAGCUAUGAUGACACCUACAACACUCUAAAGUACGCCAACCGUGCAAAGGAAAUAAAGCUCUCGAUGAAGAGCAACGUGAUCAACUUGGAUUGCCACAUAAGUAAAUACGCAGCUGUGUGUGAGGAGCUGAAGGCUGAGGUGGCGGAGUUGAGAGCAAAGCUUCAUUUCUAUGAAAGGAAAGAGCAGCCUGAUGAUGUUAUUUCAGACCACAGUCCGCAAGACAAAACAUCCCCCAGGCUGGAAGAACACUCUGACCUAGGAAGUCCGGAACAGGGAUCCGAAGUCCAUCGACUAAGCACGUUGACUUGCCAGCCUCGAAAUUGCCAGCUGCAGGAUUGCCAACCCGCUAAGAAGAACCACAGCAAAUGGGACGACAUACCACUAAACUGCAGUCUAGAACGAGAAGACCUUGAGAAGAAUCCUUGUCAUCAUGAAGCCUUAAAAGAUAAUGCUGCAGAGACGUUGGUCACGUCUCUGUUAAACUUUGUGUGGAAGCAGUGUGAGAUUCUGAAGUGUGCUGGCCUGCAGACUCCAGAACUUGAGGAUGAGCUGAGGCAACUGGAAUAUUUAGCCCUGGGAGGACAGAAGGCACCAGCCGAAAAGGUUACAGAGAAUGAACAGAAGACAGAAGAGGCAUGUGAAAUGGAAAGCAAUGAGAAGCAAAUAGAAGAGGUCCCUCGGAGUCCAUUACUAGAAGAUGUUGUUUUGGAUAUUAAAGAGGAGAUGGUAGAGGCCCCAGUCCCCCCUACCAGGAAAAGGAAACCAGAGAAACGCACCCGAGGGCACAUUCUUGCAGACAACAGUCCCUCACUCCAAAGCCCAAUUGUGCCGGUGAAGAGAAGAAGAGAAGCGGCAAACACUCCGACCAAAUCAGUGGUCCCCCGCACACCGGAAGUCCAAGUCAAGAGACCCAGAAAAUCCUCGAUCCCCAGUCGAUGCCGAAUCUCCCUGAGAUCCAGCUUAAAUUUACUGGCCAGUAAUACAAAAGACCCUGCUGUCCAGUUCUCUUCUUUCUGCACCCCUAAACAAACAACCCAGGCUGCAAAUAUCCAGUCACACACAGUCACUAAACCCCGGGUUCCUUUGGGAACCUCUGCCAUUCAGAACUGUGCCUCUGUUCCUGCAUCAGCCCUGGGGCCGAGGGAUCUGAAUACGACUUUUGAUUUGUCUGAGGAGGGAUGCUUCGUAUCGGAGCUGGAUAAAACCGUCACUUUCGGAACCUCUAACUUUCCAGGAUGGGAAAAUGUGCCAAUUCACGACAUCAACAGCACUUUUGGAAAAAGCUCUGAUGUUGCUGUCUUUACCAUGAAGGGCCUCUCUGUAAAAAACAUGAAUGCGAAUCAGAUGGCGUCUGCAGCCAAAUCCUACUCACACAAGAGGAGACGUUCCAGCAGUUCAUCCAUGUCCCGAACAGGGAAAGGGACCUUGGCUCAAAGCCGUAUUGCCAGGCUUCAGAUGAGCACAAUCAAAAAAUCACAGCAGCCGCCUACAAUAUCCGAGAACAUCAGCAGCAGCCCCAGAGGACAGAGCAGCAAGAGGACAGGGAAAGGCUCGGUGGCAUUCGGCAGGUCCUCGUCUGCUCUUCCAACGACCAGAUUCUCACAGUGUUCUGUUUCCAAGUCGUGAUGAAUACACGGAAAAGCAAUAUAUGUCUAUAUUUACAUCUUGUGUCCUUUACAUUUGCCAGGAGACGUGUAGCGGUAAACGGUGCGUUUCUCUUCUCCGUGAGAAGUGCAUAGGGGCGGAACCGCACCCCAGAUAGAUAGCGUCUUUUUUAUUGCAAUAUCGUUGUGCCGCAUUGCUGCAAAUCUUAGCAGCACCUAUGAGUAAAUAAUGCUUGCUUAAAGGACCAGUAACGUCAAUUUAUUUUGAAAAAAAAAUUUGUUUGUAUAUAAUGGAAAAAAAAACCACAGAUACAUAUUUAACUUUAAAAU